GGUCUGACCCCAGAACAGGCUCACGAGGUGCUGCUCAGGGAUGGUCUGAACGCGUUGUCGCCGCCGAAGAGGACUCCAGAAUGGGUUAAAUUCAGCAAAAACUUGUUCGGAGGGUUCGCUCUACUGCUAUGGAUCGGCGCUAUACUCUGUUUCAUCGCAUAUUCCAUACAGGCCUCCAGUUUCGAUGAGGCGCCCGACGAUAAUUUAUAUCUGGGAAUAGUGUUGGCAACGGUGGUGAUAGUGACCGGAUGUUUCUCCUACUAUCAGGAGGCGAAGAGCUCCAAAAUAAUGGACUCAUUCAAGAAUAUGAUACCACAAUACGCGACUGUCAUCAGGAAUGGCCAGAAGUACACGAUUCCGGCCGAAGAGGUGGUGAUGGGAGAGGUGGUCGAAGUGAAGGGCGGAGACCGUAUACCGGCUGACAUUCGCGUAAUACAGGCGCACGGAUUCAAAGUCGACAACUCGUCCCUCACCGGAGAAUCUGAACCCCAGUCCCGAUCUCCCGAAUGCACUAAUGAUAACCCAUUGGAGACUAAGAAUGUGGCCUUCUUUUCGACCAAUUGCGUUGAGGGCACCGGUAGAGGCAUUGUCAUCUGCACCGGCGACCGCACAGUCAUGGGUCGUAUUGCGAACCUGGCGUCGGGUCUGGAGAUGGGCGACACUCCCAUCGCCAAAGAGAUCACUCAUUUCAUUCACAUCAUCACAGGAGUGGCAGUCUUUCUGGGCGUCUCCUUCUUUAUUAUAGCCUUCGCGUUGGGCUACCACUGGUUGGACGCCGUUAUCUUCCUCAUCGGCAUCAUCGUCGCCAACGUUCCCGAAGGACUGUUAGCCACAGUCACCGUAUGUCUGACUCUGACGGCCAAACGUAUGGCAAGUAAGAACUGUUUGGUGAAGAACUUGGAGGCCGUGGAGACACUGGGCUCGACGUCAACCAUAUGUUCCGAUAAGACGGGAACUCUAACUCAAAACCGAAUGACUGUCUCUCAUCUCUGGUUCGACAAUCAGAUCGUCGACGCGGACACCACUGAAGAGCAAACCGGUGUCUCGUUUGACAAGUCGUCGCUCGUGUGGAAGGCCUUAUCGCGUGUCGCGUGCUUUUGCUCUCGCGCUGAGUUCCUUCCCGGUCAGGACCACAUCCCUGUCAUGAAGCGCGAGUGCACUGGCGAUGCCUCCGAGUCGGCUAUACUGAAGUGCAUGGAACUGGCGGUCGGCAACGUUCCC